AUGUUCUGCAAGAACAAGGCAAGCUAUGAGCUUAGUCUCGAGAAGUCAUGCUUCUUUAUACCAAGAGCUCAGACUACUGAGUCCUCAACCUCGGUCUCGGGGCAGUUCUGCAUCUCUCUGUGCCAAAAUGUCUAUAUUAAGAGCAUUAAGGUGCGCCUUCGGGGUAUACUCACGAUCCCCGGCGAUGGCUUUCUAGUGACUGAACGCGCCCAACACCGCACGUUCGAACUAGAGCAACCGAUCGCAUCCUCAAGAGGCCGUCGCUCAUUCUCCAUGGCAGCCGGAAACUACAAGUUCCCUUUCAGCAUCCCCUUACCAGCAGAUAUAUCCGACUCAUCAUUCGGCCCGAACAAAUACCACACAUACCAAGUCGACGCCGUCAUCAACCGCCCCUAUCUCAAAGACAUCGUGAUCUCCCAACCACUCCAGAUCUACAAAUAUAGCUCCGAGCUCGAGAACCCAGACUCAAUCCCCUACGUCUCUCCGACAGAAGAGUCCCAAACAGAACACGCCCACGGUCUCAACCACCGCAUAACCCUCCCAUCAAACCAGAUCCCCUUUGGCUCCGUCUUCCCAGUCAACAUAGCCCUCUGGACAGGCUCAGAAAAACAAACAACCCUCUCCAAAAUCACAAUCGAGGUCAUCGAGAAACAUAACCUCAAAAUCGAUGCUACAGCAGCCCAGUCCGCGCGCUACAAUAUCCACACCAUUCGCUCCGCGCGAAGCCACACGCUCGUAUCGAAGAAGUUUGAUUUCGAGGAAUCCCCGAAUACGGACUGGAGGGUUUGUAAGAUGAUUCGGUUGCCGCAGGCGCUGGAUGAGGCUUCGCAGAGUAUCAGUACCAAGACGAUUAAGAUUGAGCAUAUUCUUGCUGUCAGGGCUGAAUUUAGGAGUGUGGAUGGAAAUGAACAGAGUGAUGUUGAGAUUACUGAAAGCGUUCCGUUUAAUAUUUAUAUGACGCCAAGUACGAUUGGAUCUGAUGCGCUGGUGAGGGGGAAGGUGUUGCAGGAUUGUAGUAAUCCGCCUCCGGCGUAUGGUGAUCAUGUUUCGUGUCCUAGGCUGUUGGAGGUGGAUUUGGAGUCCGUACUAGGGAAUCAGAGCCAUGUUUUGAGAGCGUUGGAGAGUGGGACUUGUAGGGAGGUCUUUGCGGAUGUUGAACCUCCUGUUUAUGCUUCUUUGGGGGUUGUAUCUUGA